CCUUCCCCCAGCACACAGUCAGGGCUGCCUUGGGGACUAGUGGGCGGGUUGAGAAACAUUCUCUCUUCCCUUUCCUCCCUAACCCACAACCUGCUGUUCAAUUCAGCUUUGGUUUUGAUAUAACUGUAGAACACUUCCUGCCGGCAACGUUGGUGAGCUGUUACCUUUAUUCGAGAGACCUGCUGAACUCCACAGCAUCGCCAGGCCACAGAUAUGCAAGCCAUCAAGUGUGUGGUGGUCGGAGAUGGAGCUGUGGGUAAAACCUGCCUUCUGAUCAGCUAUACCACAAAUGCCUUCCCUGGAGAAUAUAUCCCAACUGUGUUUGAUAAUUACUCUGCCAAUGUGAUGGUUGAUAGCAAACCUGUAAACCUGGGACUCUGGGAUACAGCUGGACAGGAAGAUUAUGACCGCUUGAGGCCUCUCUCCUAUCCUCAGACGGAUGUCUUCCUCAUCUGCUUCUCUCUAGUCAGCCCUGCAUCCUAUGAAAACGUCCGUGCAAAGUGGUUUCCUGAGGUACGACAUCACUGUCCCAGCACUCCCAUGAUUCUUGUAGGCACAAAGCUUGAUCUCCGGGAUGACAAGGAUACCAUUGAGAAGCUCAAGGAGAAGAAGUUGGCACCUAUUACCUAUCCACAAGGCCUCGCGCUGGCCAAAGAGAUUGAUGCAGUGAAAUAUCUUGAAUGCUCAGCAUUGACCCAGCGUGGCCUGAAAACAGUGUUUGAUGAGGCCAUCCGGGCAGUUCUCUGUCCUCAGCCCACAAAGACGAAGAAAAGGGGAUGCAGUAUCCUUUAAAGGAUUUCAGGCUUUGGCACUGCACCACAUGGAGUAAUCCUUGCCCUCCGCUGUUACUGACGGGACAGAGAGAUGGCUUUGGCACCAGCUGAAUUCUUCACCUGCAACUGUCUGAGUGACACCAGUGUUUGUUUUUUUCUCCCUUCUGGAGGGGCCCUCCAUACUAGCUGGUUACUCUGCAAUUGUUAUCCUUUGCUUAGUUAUUACAGAGCACCCAAAAUGG